GCUAGCCAUGGUGUUAAAUCGUUCGUUGUUUAAUUCGCCAUUUCUCACUAUAAAUACGUCUCGUUUCUUUCGUUUAUCUGCAUUCCCGUCGUUGAUUUCUUCUGAUUUCAGUCUGCUGAGAGUAAGGAAGAACGACUCUUCUUCUGAUCUUAGAAUUUGCACAUCUUCGAGGCGCCGGCGAUUGUCGGUGGAAGCAUUCAAGAAACGCGAGGCGAAUAAUCAAACUAGAAACUCAAACGGAAAAGAACUAGAAGGAGAUUUAUUAACAGGAGUAAUGACGAUCAAACCGGCUAUCCGGAUCUCCGACCGGAAGCUCAUCGUGAAAGACCGGACGAUCCUGACGGGAGUACCGGAUAAUGUAAUCGCGACGUCCGGUUCGUCGUCUGGACCGGUGGAAGGAGUAUUCCUUGGGGCGGUUUUUGAGGAGGAGCAGAGUCGUCAGGUGGUUCCGUUGGGAACCUUACGGGAUGUCCGGUUCAUGGCAUGUUUCCGGUUCAAGUUGUGGUGGAUGGCCCAGAAAAUGGGCGACAAAGGGAAGGAGAUUCCAUUAGAGACGCAAUUUCUGUUACUGGAGACGAAGGAUGGGUCCCACCUUGAAUCGGACGAUGGAAACGAAGAGAAUCAGAUCAUAUACACAGUUUUUCUCCCUCUGAUCGAAGGUUCGUUCAGAGCCUGUCUUCAAGGCAACGGACAGGACGAGCUCGAGCUUUGCCUAGAAAGUGGUGAUGCAGACACCAAAGCGUCGUCGUUUACGCACGCAUUGUUCAUCCACGCCGGAACCGAUCCGUUUGACGCGAUCGCCGACGCGGUCAGAGCCGUUAAACUCCACCUCAAGACUUUUCGAUUGCGGCAAGAGAAGAAACUGCCUGCAAUAGUUGACUAUUUCGGUUGGUGUACAUGGGACGCCUUCUACCAGGAGGUUACUCAAGACGGCGUCGAAGCGGGACUGGAGUCUCUCUCCUCCAGCGAUACGCCGCCGAAGUUCGUCAUUAUCGACGACGGUUGGCAAUCGGUGGGCGGUGAUCCGCAGGAGGAGAACGAGGAAGAAGGGGAAACAAAGCCGAAGCAGCCGCCAUUGCAGAGACUGACGGGAAUCAGAGAGAACUCGAAGUUCCAGAACAAGGAGAAUCCGACGGAAGGGAUCAAGAACAUCGCGAAGAUCGCCAAGAACAAGUACGGACUGAAGUAUGUGUACGUAUGGCACGCGAUUACUGGGUAUUGGGGAGGACUUCGCACAGGCGUGAAGGAUAUGGAGGACUACGGAUCGUUGAUGCAGUAUCCAAAGGUAUCGAAGGGCGUUACCGAGAAUGAGCCAACAUGGAAGAACGACGCAUUGGCUCUGCAAGGACUGGGAUUGGUGAAUCCUAAGAACAUUUUCAAAUUUUACAAUGAACUUCAUAGUUAUCUCGCCUCCGCCGGAAUCGACGGAGUCAAAGUGGACGUACAGUGCAUAUUGGAGACUCUAGGCGCUGGGUUCGGCGGUCGAGUCGAGUUGACUCGGCAGUAUCACCAGGCUCUGGACGCGUCGGUGGCCAAAAAUUUUGCAGACAACGACAUCAUUGCGUGUAUGAGCCACAAUACAGAUGCACUUUACUGUGCGAAACAGACGGCGGUUGUAAGAGCUUCCGAUGACUUCUACCCCCGAGAUCCGGUGUCACAUACGAUCCACAUCGCAGCAGUGGCUUACAACAGCGUUUUUCUUGGGGAGAUUAUGCAGCCUGAUUGGGACAUGUUCCAUUCCCUUCAUCCCGCCGCCGAGUACCACGCUUCCGCUAGGGCCAUUAGCGGUGGCCCUGUUUAUGUCAGUGAUGCCCCGGGGAAGCACAAUUUCGAGCUUCUAAAGAAACUAGUGUUGCCUGAUGGCUCGGUGCUCAGAGCGCGCUUGCCCGGGCGGCCAACGAGGGACUGUUUAUUCUCAGAUCCAGCACGAGACGGCGUUAGCUUGCUAAAGAUAUGGAAUUUGAACAAGCACACUGGCGUCAUCGGCAUCUACAAUUGCCAAGGGGCCGCCUGGAACAGCCAAGAAAGAAGGAACACUUUCCACGACACCAACUCCGACGCCAUCUCUGGUUACGUCAAAGGACGUGAUGUUCAUCACAUUUCUGAAGCCGCAGCGGAUCCGGGCUGGAAUGGCGACUGCGCCUUCUACUGCUACCGCUCCGGUGACCUCGUCAAUCUACCUUACAAUUCAGCACUCCCCGUUUCUCUUAAAGUCCUUGAGUUUGACAUCUUCACCAUUACUCCGAUCAAACUUUUGGCCCCUGGCUUCAGUUUCGCUCCCAUUGGACUCAUUGAUAUGUUCAACGCCGGUGGUGCAAUUGAAGGGUUGAAAUACGAAGUAAAAGGUGGGGCUGAGGAUGUUGACGGCGGAAUUGUUCACUUGGAAGUGAAAGGGCGUGGGCGGUUUGGAGCGUACUCGUCGGCAAAGCCACGGCGGUGCACGGUGGAUUCAAGCGUUGUUGAAUUUGGUUAUGAUUCUGAGUCCGGUUUGGUGACUUUCGGAAUUGACAAAAUGCCUGAAGGCGAACUCAAAGUCCACGACGUUAAAAUAGAGUUAUGAAUAUUUUCGGUGUGUUGUUUUGUUACCGAUCGUACCAUUGGCAGCCGGUUAUAGGAUUCCUUUCGACCAUGACAAAGCUCUGCCGUCUGCCUCUGUUUUGGGAUGGAGUCGUGAAAUAUUUGGUGCCGUAUGGAAUCUAAAUAACUUUCUUAUGUUAUUUUAUCAAUAAUUAGACAACUUUGGGAACCUUCUUCCUUAAAAUAACAGAAAUAUUAAGUUACU